AUGUACCUAUAUGAAGACGCCAGCAGUAUGGGUUCAAUUGAAAAUCCUUUGCUGAAUACUACUCCAGUUAUAAUAAAUGAUAUAAGGAAGCUCUACGGUCUAGAUGACCCGAAGAGAUUGAAUGAGACCAUCAAGAUUUUAGAAGAUUGGGUGCAGAAGCAGCCUCAUCUCAUCAAAAAGGAUUUCAGUCAGCGGUUUUAUGAGACAGCGAUUGUAACAUGCAAAGGGUCAGUAGAAAGGGUGAAGAAACAAAUAGACCUUUUGUGUACAAUGAAAACUAUGGUGCCAAAAUUUUUCUCAAGAUACAACGUGAAAGUUGAGCUACAGGCAAUUUUGAAAAAAGUAUGGAUAAUUCCUCUUCCACAUAUGUCCGAUGAUUACUACAGAUUGGUUUUGUUCAAAACUUUCAAUAACGACCUUACGCCGGAGGAAUUACUACAGUUCUUUCAAUAUAUUUUAAUUCUUGCUGAUUAUAUUCGGAAUAACGACUACGUCCAUGGGUAUAUAUUAAUAAUUGAUUAUCGCGACCUAAACUUGUUCAACCUUAUCACACGACUGACAAGUCCGGAUGUUCAACCAUUUCUCAAUAUUUUAGUUAAAGGAUACGGUGGAAGAAUGAAGAACUUGCACUUUAUAACAGAUUCCAAGGCUAUAGAAAUUCUUGUAUCUACUGUUAAGCAGCUUCUUAGUGAGAAGGUUGGCCAAAGAAUUCAAGUGCAUAAGACUCUAGAAGAUUUAUAUGAAAUAGUGCCCAGAGAUGUUCUGCCAGAAGAGUACGGAGGCAAACAGAAGUCUUAUUACAAAAUGCAAGCUGAAUGGGUGGACGAACUGUCCUCUAAGAAACACGUAGAGCAUUUGAAAAUGAUGUACAAAGCCGGCACGGAUGAGUCCAAACGACACACGGAAAAGUUCAAUGAAGAAUAUAUGGGCAUGCCCGGGUCUUUUAGGAAUUUAACAGUUGAUUAA